UCUCGUCGCCCCCGUGUUUGCCCCAGGAUAAUUUAAUACCCAACAUGCGCGGAGUAGUUCCUGUAUGCUUUCCCUUUUCUAUAUAAUUUCCAUUGUCUUAAACAGUGAGCUGUGUUUGAAAAGAAAUCCCUGCCAAGAUUACGCAAGGAGAGAGCUCAAGUCAUGUCUUCAGCCCAGCAACGUUUAACUUCCAUCGCAAACCAGCUCUCGGGGCCUGGUGCUGCGUCUGCAAAGCAACGCCUCCUAUCCAAGACCCCUGAUGAUAUUGUGAUCACGCUCGCCAUUCGAACCCCACUCACCAAGGCCAGAAAAGGCGGGUUAAAGGAUACGAGUCUUGAUGACCUUCUCAUCUCAUUACUGACGUCCAUCCGCGAAAAAUCGAACCUUGACCCCAGUCUCGUUGAAGAUGUCUGCGUUGGAAACGUGCUGUGCCCCGGUGGAGCUUAUGUCGCACGGUCCGCAGUGCUGGCUGCAGGAUUUCCUGCCACAGCUGCCGCUUCUGUCGCUAACCGUUUCUGUUCUUCCGGAUUGCUAGCUAUCCAAAACAUUGCCAACCAGAUUACGGCAGGCUCUAUCGAUGUCGGUAUUGCAGUGGGAGCUGAGAGCAUGAGCAACAAUGCCGACGGUGGUGCUCCAGAGAUGUCUUCCCAAAUUUUAACUCACCCGAUCGCCUCACAGAAUACCCAGCCCAUGGGUCAGACAUCCGAGAAUGUUGCGGGGCAAUUCAAUAUCACUCGUGAGAUGCAGGACCGUUUUGCAGCGAACAGCUACCAGAAAGCUGAGCGUGCCCAGAAGGCCGGAUGGUUCAACGAUGAGAUUGUUCCUGUGAAGACGACGAUCAAAGACCCAAAGACGGGUGAGGUGAAGGAGAUUGUUGUGGACCGGGAUGAUGGCAUUCGUUACGGCACCACUGCUGAGUCUCUGGGCAAGAUCCGCGCCGCAUUCCCUCAGUGGAAGCCUAGCGCCACUACUGGCGGAAAUGCUAGUCAGAUCACCGAUGGUGCUGCUGGUCUUAUCCUUAUGAAGCGGUCUCGCGCCCAGGAACUAGGUCAACCCAUCGUGGCCAAGUUCUGCGGUGCUACCGUUGCAGGCUUAGAGCCUAGGAUCAUGGGCAUUGGUCCGUCGAUCGCCAUUCCCAAGAUCCUUUCCAAGUUCGGUCUGAAUAAAGAGGAAGUGGAUAUCUUCGAGAUCAAUGAGGCGUUCGCCUCCAUGGGAACGUAUUGUGUUCAGAAGCUAGGACUGGAUGAGGCUAAGGUUAAUCCCCGGGGCGGUGCCAUUGCAUUUGGUCACCCUUUGGGUUGUACAGGAGCGCGUCAGGUUGUGACUGCCCUGUCCGAGUUGCGACGACAGAACAAGAGAGUCGCAGUCACCUCGAUGUGUGUCGGAACGGGAAUGGGCAUGGCCGGUAUUAUUGUCUCCGAGCAUUAAGCGUAUAAGCGUAAUCUGAUAUUGAUAUUGUAUGAUCUUCUGUAAAUAGUUUUGCAACGACAACAGCCCUGUGAAUUGGGGAAACAAUUACGCUCUGGGACGAUCCUCUAGUAUCACU